UGGAAGAUCCACAACACAGGACAAUUCUCGACCACAUACGACAUUCACAAUGGCACCCCGCAGGAAGAAGCAGCGUCUCUCAGAGGGUGGCGCUGAGGGCGUCACCGCCGCUACUCCCACCACUACUACCGCUGACGUCGAACAAGUCGCCAGCGCUCCGACAAAUGACCGCAAAUCGAACGCCCGCAGACAGCUUUUCGUCCGCAGUCUCGCGAAGGAGGUCACGACCGAAACACUCACCGAGUUCUUUUCCGACUCAUUCCCAGUCAAGAACGCGCUCGUCGUUCUCGACAAGGAUACGAAAGAGUCUAAAGGGUACGGCUUCGUCACUUUCGCCGACGUCGAGGACGCACAACGCGCUCUAGAAGAGCUGAACGGCGCAAGUCUGCAGGGCAAGAAAAUUCGCCUUGAGAGCGCAGAGGCAAGACACCGCGAGGAUGGAGCCGAGAGCAAGGGUCAAAGAUUGAAGGCAGAGCGUGAGGCGCAAAAGAAAGAGAGCCAAACACCCAAGUUGAUUGUUCGUAAUCUGCCGUGGAGUAUCAAGAAGCCCGAGGAUCUCGAGAAGCACUUUCGCAGCUUCGGCAAGACCCAUUUCAUCAACCUACCCAAGAAGCCCAACGGCGAGCUACGAGGUUUUGCCUUUGUCGCGAUGCGUGGCAAGAAGAAUGCCGAAAAGGCCUUAGCAGAGCUGAACGGCAAGGACAUUGACGGCAGACCGAUCGCCGUGGAUUGGGCUGUAGACAGGGAUGCAUGGCAGACCCUGCAGAAGACGGAGAAGGACGAGGCUGAAGAUAAGAAGGAUGUAGACAUGAAGGAUGUGGACUCUGAGGCUGAGCCGAGCGAAGAACCUUCAGAUAAUGAAUCUGACGAGGACGAAAGCGAGGAUGACGAUGACAGCAACACGGACUACGACGACGACGAAGACAUCUCCGACGACGAGGAGGCCAGUGCUGAGCUUGAGCAGAAGCCACAACGACCCAACUACGUUCUCUUCAUCCGCAAUUUGCCAUUCAAUGUCGACGAUGAAAGUCUAAAAGCACACUUCCAGCAAUUCGGUGCUAUCCGCUAUGCCCGCGUUGUGUACGACCGCGAUACUGAACGACCGAAGGGCACAGGCUUUGUGGCCUUUUUCAAUGAAGAAGAGAUGAUUGACUGCCUUAAAGGUGUACCGAAGGUCACACUGCAUACCAAGAACAUUGAGCGCAAGGACGGCGCAACAAUUACAACUACACACUCUGUCCUCGAGGAUGCCGACGCCGAUCCCACAGGGAAAUACACCAUAGAUGGUCGCAUUCUCCAUCUCAGUCGUGCCGUUGACAAGAACGAAGCUACGCGCCUGACCGCCGAAGGAGCCGCGAACCGAUUUAACCGCGACAAGGACAAGCGCCGUCUUUACCUCCUCAAUGAAGGCACCAUCGCCUCAAAUUCGCCGCUGUACGCGCAGCUCGCGCCUUCCGAAGUCAAGAUGCGAGAAGACAGCGCAACACUACGCCGCAAACAGAUCCAAGACAACCCCUCCCUUCACCUUUCGCUUACCCGUCUCUCUGUCCGCAACCUUCCGCGUUCCAUCACCUCGAAGGAUCUCAAGCAACUGGCUCGCAAAGGCGUUGUCGGCUUUGCAGAGGAUGUUAAACUUGGCAAACGUCAAAAGCUUAGUAAAUCUGAGAUUGCUCGCGGCGGGGAGGAGAUGGUCAUUGCAGAGAAGAUCCGCAAGAAGCGCGGGAAGGGUAUUGUUCGACAGGCCAAGGUCGUUUUCGAGACUGAGAAGGGCUCGAAGGUAGGUGAAGACACAGGCGCUGGCAGAAGCAGAGGUUACGGAUUCAUUGAAUACUACACACACCGUAACGCGCUCAUGGGCCUGCGAUGGCUGAACGGCCAUGCAGUAGACUACAAAAUCAAAGGCGAGACACCCAAGAGCAAGAAGGCUCAAAAGGAGGCGAUGGAAGACAAGCGCAAGCGUCUGAUUGUCGAGUUUGCUAUCGAGAAUGCGAACGUCGUUUCGCGCCGGUCAGCCGCCGAAGAGAAAUCGCGCGAGCCGAAGUCUGCAAAGGACGAGGCUGACUCCGAUCUCGAGGAGGCCGGCAAGGCAGGCAGCAAGGACCAGAAGAGGAAACGCGACUCGAGCUCGGGUGGAGGCCGGGACGCGAAGAGAGCCAAGGGCAAGGAUGCCGGUACAAAGACGCUAGGGACGGGAGCGGAUGGAAGCAAGCGACCCGCUACUGCCGAGGCCGGCAUGGAUAAGGACAAGUUGGCGCAACGGACAAGGAUUAUCGCGCAGAAGAGGGCCAAGAGAAAGGCGAAUAGGUCGAAGUAGUGUUGACCUUCUAUCAGGCCGGAUGGAGGGAGGCGCAUAGCGAGGGCGUUUAGUUCAAAAGCUGCCAAUGAUACUGCAAAAGAAACAUCUGUCAGUGUUGAGCAUUCGACGUGCCGGUGUAAAAUUUUGUG